CGCUUAUGUUAUUGUUAGUGGGAGGGGAGCACAUGUCUUGUAAGUGAAAUUACGCUCGGCGAAAGGAGGCUAGAACUGUUUUGUAUUGUUGCCGAUGCCCCGCCUCUGAUGGUAGCCUUAAACCUGGCACCCAGCUAAAACAAACCAAAGCCAGGACCGAGCUCCCACUCAAUCCAAUUAAGGCGGACUUGAGGCGCUCUCCUACGUGUUCAUCUACCAGGAUCGACGUUGAGACAACAGGAACCAGAGGGGCUUUGGCCAAAAAAAAAAAAAAAGGAGAGAGAGAGAAGGAGAGAUUGCCUUGCCUUCUAAUUUCUCCCACUCCAGCCCCAGAACAAUGUCGAUGAGCCCUAAGCAUACGACUCCUUUUUCUGUUUCCGAUAUCUUGAGUCCCCUUGAGGAGAGCUAUAAGAAAGUAAGUAUGGAGAAUAACAACUUGGGGGCACCUCUCACUUCUUACCGGCAGCCGCAGGUCUCUCAGGCGGCGAUGCAGCAGCACCACAUGGGCCAUAAUGGGACUGUGUCUGCGGCUUACCACAUGACUGCUGCUGGUGUUUCUCAGCUGUCACACACGGCCAUGGGGGGCUACUGUAACGGCAACCUGGGCAACAUGGGCGACCUGCCGUCCUACCAAGACGGGAUGAGGGGCAGCGCCACGGCCACCGGCUGGUACGGAGCCAACCCAGACCCGCGCUUCUCCACCAUUUCUCGCUUUAUGGGGUCGUCGUCAGGCAUGAACAUGGGCAGCAUGGGCAGCCUCAGCUCCCUGGCAGACGUGGGUAAAAGCAUGGGCUCUCUGUCGAGCACCCCGAGGAGAAAGAGGCGAGUGCUGUUCUCCCAGGCGCAGGUCUACGAGCUGGAGCGACGCUUCAAGCAACAGAAAUACCUGUCGGCACCGGAGAGGGAGCACCUGGCAAGUAUGAUCCACCUCACCCCGACCCAGGUGAAAAUCUGGUUUCAGAAUCACCGGUAUAAGAUGAAGAGGCAGGCUAAAGACAAAGUGUCCCAGCAGCAGAUGCAGCAGGAGAGUGGCUCCUGCCAGCAGCAGCAGCAGUCCCCGCGCAGGGUGGCCGUGCCAGUGCUGGUAAAGGACGGGAAGCCGUGCCAGGGCAGCGGCCACACGCCCACAUCCUCCGCACAGACGCACCACCAGCAAGGGGGCAAUGUCAUGAUCAUGUCCAACAACACGUCCGGCCUCGGGCAGCAUCAGAGCCAGCAGGUGGGAAGCACAGGUCACUCUCCAGAUUUGGCACAGCACUCCUCCAGUCCGCCGUCACUGCAGAGCCAAGUGGCCGGCCUCUCCCACCUCAACUCCCCCGGCGCAGACUACGGCUCGGCCCUGCAGUGCUCAGCCCUGUUAUACGGCAGGACGUGGUGACAAGAGGCGCCGGGCUUGAUUUGAACUCUCUUCUAUUUAAAGAAAAAAGACACUUUUCGGUCAAGACUUCGACUGGUUUCACUGUAAAUGUGCGCAUUUGAACAAGCACCGAAUGAAUUCGGUGCAGCUCUUCCUGAAUUUUCACAAUUUGGAAGGAAGUGUGACUUGUGUGGAAGAAACACAUGCCCAGAAACUGCGGAUGUGAAAGUCUUGGGAUUUAUUUAUGUAAAUUAUAUUGAGACAAGAGAAGAAUCAGCAGUGAAAUAGACCGCAGAACAGGGAGGCAAAUAGACUUCAGGACUGCUGUAUAUGGGUGCUGUUAAAUCCUUCUUUACAAACACACACACACACGAUGACUGAUUUCUAAUAGGAUUUAAUGUAAGCCGUAGAUCUAGCUUGUAUAUUUCUGUAAAAGGUUCGGAUUUUAGCUCUCUGUUGUACAAAGUUUUUGACGCUAUUGCCGGCUUGUUGUCGUUUCAUUGGUAUUUGUACGUUUUAUUUCUUUGUAACUUAUAUAGAUAUUUGACUUACUACAAAACAGUCCUAUUAAUAAAUUAUGGAAACAUGACAUUUAAGGGUUUUUGUGAGAUAUGUCAACACAUGCGGUGUUAAAUGCCAGGAAUCAUUUGAGCAAAAAAUGAAACCGGUGCGUUAUUAUUAUUAAUUAUUAUUGUUAUUGAGUAUAUUUGCUCGUUUAUUAUUAGAUUGUUCUUUUUAAGAAGUGAGUUUUUUCACAAGAUACUUGGGCUUAUUGUGAGAAAAUGUCUUUUUGUUUUUUUUACGGUUACAAAAGUGACCAUCUCAGAAAGCAGGCGCUCCAUGUUGCCAGGUUUGGGUUUGGAAAACUACUCCCGCUUUUUAUUCGGACAUUAAAACACUGGCGCCUUAUUUUUCUGUUCUACUGGCUGAGAAAGCCCACACUGGCCAGGCUUAUCGCUCAAUGCUGCGGCUCUCACACAAGCAUGCCCUGCAGAGUAAACGGAGCCUUUGUGCGUGUUUCUUUUCUCUUUCUGUGUGUCUGUGUGCCGACUGUGUGAGUCAGAAAGGUGAGGUCUCUCGGCUCUACAUCAAACACCAACGCUGCUCAAAGGGCAGCUUAUCCAUGAAAUCCCUGACCAAACAGCGCGGUGUUCUCCUCAGACACAAACCGGCGAGACGAACUAUCAGCUGCUUUAUCAGUGAUCAAUCAGGGAAUUGAAAGGAAACUGCUGUUUGUUUCUGCUGUCCAUAACAAACCAGCACAAGCCUCCACAAACAUUUUUAUAGGUUCAAAUAUAUUUAUUUCUGCCUAUAAGCCUAUAUAACCAUGAAAGAAGGAAAUGGCCGCAUUAAAAGACCAGACUGUGAUUUAUUUCUCUGUUGAUGUGGGAUCUGUAAAUAAAAGCUAUAAUAAUCAUUAGAGACUAUUCUUCCGACUAAUCUAGCUAUAGGCGUUAAACUGUAAACAACGCGGUUGCUAAGCGACGGAGGUAACGAUAGGUCAUUUUGGUUUACUGCAGAAAUUAGUUGUUUUCAUUCAGUGUUGUCCUAUAGCUAUAAUUUGAAAAGCUUUCGGUCUGGAUAAUAGGCCCAUAUAGCACAGUCUGACGGAAUUUAUAUGACAAAACAAAAGUAAAAUAACAGUUUUAAUGUUUACUUCGCUUUAAGUGAAGAUUUGAAGCACACAUUUUUAUAGACUUCCCUUAUUUGUCCUGAGCUGUGAUCAUUUCAUUGUUUUAUUCUAUAAACGCUUGACAUUUGUAGGGCUAGGUCGUAUUUCUGACCCUGCUCACCCUUUUUAUUUUAUUUUACUUAAUUGACUUUUUGGGGAGCUCCAUGAGCUUUAGUUCUGGCUGUAAAUGGACCUCGUUAGUCGGUUGAACUGUUCAAAUCUUUGCCCUGUUGGGGUCUAGAAUAAUUUAGAAAGAUGCCUGUGUUUCCUAAGCUAUAGGAAUAAGUUGUGUAAUAUCCUAAACUGCCUUCGGUUACUGCUCACAUGCCGCUGCGUUAACGCUGCAGGCCUGGUGUGCGCGCCUCGCUCCUGUUUCCCCACCUGCUCGUCAUUUACAUGGCUUCACUAAUUUUGAUAGAUGGUUUUCUUGGUCAUCUUGCUCGUAUUUACUGUAUCCAAGACCAAGAACUACGCCUUUUCAGCUGUAACUGUGAAAUGCUGUGUUGGCCUUGGCUGCUACGUUAUCUGGGUAUUAUCAGCGUUGUGCUGGUGUUAAUGCAGCCGCUGAAUGUGUGAAGAAAACUUUGAAAACCGCCAGAGCUUCAGUGUUUUGGCUUCGAGUCGGACUGGGAGUGUUGUGUACUAAAUCGUCUCAGGUGACACUUUUAUCUGCAUUUAACUUUCAAAAGAAAUGUUUUUGAUCAGAAUAUGAUCAGGGAACGGAGAAUUCCCCCCACAAAAUAGGAAACUAAGCUCAUACUUGCCUCUUUUCUACUUUGCGUUUAUCACUUUAAGCCAGAAACAGGUCC